CAGACCUAGUUGACAGCCUCAACACAGGCAGACAAAUAGAGAGAGCGUGUGAGCACGAGUCAGGAAGGAGCGCGAAAGAAGGAGCACCAAAGACCACACGCCCAAAUAAAAGAGAAAAACGGUUGCAGAGGAGAGGAGGUCAAAGUCAAAGCCCAGUGCAUGGUCAAUGAGAUCAAUUUAACUUGCAGUCCUGCGUUUGUUUUCUCAAGGGAUACCAUCAGGCUCCAGUGAAUUGCCAGUGGAGUGAACAAGCGAGCAGCCAUCCAAGUUGUUCUACCUUUGCCAUCUGUGGCUUGGCUCCUUGUCGAAACGGUCAGACUGUCAGAGCUGCAAAAGACCCGGUGCUGCCUGCAGAGAUGGACGCAGAUGCCAAGGACAAGGAGAGGAAAACCAAGAUCCAGUUCUCAGUCCCGUCCGCUGUGCCCCUUCAGCUGGACCCGCGACAGGUGGAGAUGAUUCGGAGGCGGAGACCAACACCCGCUACGCUAUUCCGUUUGACAGACCAACCGUCUCCCGAGGAGGAAAACGACAAUCACCAGUGGGUCAUUGGGGAAAAUGGCGUCCUCACCAAGAACAUCAAUGCGCAUGUGUACCAGCCUCCAUCACUCAAAGCUGUACAGAGGAUGGCUCAAGCCCGCAUGAAGUCUCUGGGAACCUGUGGCCCCGAAGAGACAGAUGACUUCUCUGGGGAGGAAAGCGUGGACUGUGAGGAGAGCCUGGAUAUAUCCCCUGUCUCCACCACUGGGUCAAGGGUCAAUUCAGAGGGAAGAAUUGCUCACUUUCUUCACCUCAGAGUCCCACACGGAGAGGAGGAAGAGGAGCUGGAUGAUGAGGAGAAGAGGGGAAAAGGUGGACCAAGGAGGACAAAGAAGAAGGGAGAAUAACAGACCACUGUGUGUCACAGAGAGGAGAUUCAGAUUCUGUGGCAAAAGAUGAUUGACGAUACAGAGUGAUGUUUUCUAAUUAUUAUAUAAAGAGUGUGGAGAAAAUAUCUAAAUACGUGUGUGUGCGUGCGUGUGUGUGUUUGUUAAGUUAUGUGUGUGCUUGCUUGCAUUCGUGUGUGUGUGUGUGUGUCAGUGGAGGCUCCUCAGAGGAGGAAGGGUAGGACCAUCCUCCUCAGUGAAUUUCAUAAAAAUGUAAAUUGUAAAACAUUCAAAAAGUUAGUAUUUUUAGAUUAAACAAUACUAAAUACAAUCACGUCACCGAACAAUUGAUUAAAACACACUAUUUUGCCAAGAAGGUCUCCAGUAGCCUCAACAGCACUCUGUAGGGUAGCACCAUGGUGUAGCCGGAGGACAGCUAGCUUCAGUCCUCCUCUAGGUACAUUGACUUCAAUACAAAACCCAGGAGGCACGAAGUUCUCAACCCACCCAUAGACUUACACAGUAAUUAUGACAACUUCCGGAGGACAUCCUCCAGCCUAUCAGAUUUCUUGCAGCAUGAACUGACAUGUUGUCCACCCAAUAAAAUAAUCAGAUAAUUAAUCUAGUACUGAAAUCAUAAGCUACAGCUAGCUAGGACUGCAGUGUAUAAAAUGUGGUGAGUAGUUGACUCAAAGAGAGAGAAAAGACAAUAGUUGAACAGGUAUGAAAAAAUGUCUUUCUUCCAAAAUGAAGGAGAAGCAAAAGAGAAAUAGAGAGAGAUUUUGUCAUUUUUUGUUCACUUUCAAUUUCACUUAGUUAGCAAAUGCAGCUAGCUAAUUUAGCCUACUGAAACACACUGUUCAAACAGAGGGAUGCUAUGUUAGCUAGCUGGCUAUGACUAUCCAAUACAAGACUGGAACUCUUCCAAGUCAAGGUAAGCUUUUGGUAUUACUAAUUUAUUGCCACCAGGGCCCUGUACACUAACGUUACUGUGUGAUUGUAGCGGGUUUACUAAUGGGUUGGUUCUAUUAACUAUGCUGACUAUGACGCUACUUUAGCUAAUAUGGUGACAACGAUGUAGGCUGUGUGUAGCGGUUCAGCUUGGAAAGGUUUUUUACUGUUGUGCAUUGAAGUCCAUAGGCGAAGGGACAAGAUUAGAGGAGGAGAGCGUGGACUAUAACGUGGCUGCUAUGAAAGUGAACUGUGUUUACGCGUGUAAUUCGUUCUGCCGAUUCUGUUGAAAUAUGCUUAUUAAAUGGAAGCAAACGGAAAAAAACGGGGAUAGACAUACUUGAAUUUGUCCAAUAGAAACUCUCGUUUGCAACUGUUGGACUAAUGAUUACACCCUAUAUCAGCUGGUAUGCUGAUAUAGGUGGUAAUGUGCAAGGUGGUAUUGAUGUCACUGUCUGUUGCCUCAAAUUUGUCUCUCAACCUUGUGUGCAGCUACGUUAUAAACAUUCAUUCAUAGGCUAGGUUGUAGCAACGUCAUGAUGGGUAUAGGGAAAAGUAUUCUAGUAUCACGUAGUGGCCUAAACCUAUUGCUGUUACAUUGAACUAGGUGAAUGGAAUAUGAACGAGAGUCAUCCAAUAUGCUGUGAUAUAAAUAAAUCGUCCUCCCUCAUCUUAAACGGUACUGACCGCCACUGGUGUGUGUGUGUAUGUAUGCCUAUCUUUGUGUGUCUGUUUGUAUGCAUGUGAGAAAGAGAGAGACACAGUGAGAGAGAAAUAAAACGAGAGAGAGAAAAAGAGAGAGUUCUAAAGUGUUUAAGCUGAAUGGUAGUGUUCCAGACAGCACUUCCUUAUGAAUUCCAGAUUGCAGACGUCACUGUCUGAGGAACGAUACUUAUCAUUGAGCGCGUUCCAGAUUGUAGUUUUUUUUUGCAGGCGCGCUGUGCGUCUCAUGCUUAGGUCCAUGCUUUUUGUUGUGGAAAUGAAGGCACUGUGAUUUGACCGGUAUUCCCAGCAUAAUCCUCUAGUUGUUGCAGGUAGAAAAUCCUAGGAAAUGUUCUGUAAUUGACACAAGCUGUCUCCAAUCAGUCAACCAAUCAAUGUCUGGUUGUGCAUGUGUGUUUGGCAGGGGAUGGCCUGAGCCAGGGGAGGCGUGGCUCUGCGAAUCUCAAUCACACAAAACCUAUUAUUUGUCAGGGAAUACUAUUUGUAGAUCAGUAAUUCUACACCUCACUCUGCUUAAGCUGAUCCUCUCAAAUGGACUUGGAAGUUGUAGCUAGAAAUUGGUCAGGUAAGGGAAGUAGUCAAUUUAACCAACCAUGGAAGUAUAUUGGGGCCAAUUUUAGGGGUGGCCCAGUCCCGGGACUCGAACCUGGGUCCAGCAAUUGUUAAUAAGCCAACAAUUUAACAGUUAAGGUGUUGGCUUGACAGUCGCUGAACACAGGUUUGAUUCCGGGGCAGGGUUACGCCCAGAAUUCACAAUUCAUUUCAAUUUCACUCAUUCAUUUACUCCACCAAUAAGCACGGGAUUGAGCUGCUUGCUAUGGAACAGGUAAACUAGUUGUUUACAUGUUUGAUUGUUAAGUGCAGGCACGAGAAGUGACUGAUAUUUCAUGGGUGGGGAGAGGGAGCGAGAGAAAAGGGUGGACAUUAAGGGGGUUUUGCUUGAAGCACUGAACAUCAUGACAUGACGUGAAAAGGAUUGUACACAAAUUCUACACUAGACAUUAGGAAUAUACUUAAUUUGGAAUAAAAAAUAAUAACCGGUUCUCAAGAGAUGAAAGUAUCGGUUCUGUUGCAGAACACUGGAGAUCACUCUUGUUUGCUAAAGUGGUAAGGUUAAUCAUUCUGCUGACAAUUUAAGGUGUUUAUUUACAUUUACUAACACCAAUGACACUUGGUAUUUAGACACACCAAAUGAUCAAUGAAAUCCUCAAAUGUAUGACAUACUAAAAGGGUGUGAUUAACUAAUCAUUUUAUUUAAUAUAGACCCCUCCCCCAAUAACAGUUUGCCACCAGAGGGAAUGCUCAAGGUUCUUGUAUAUCUUUGUAAUGAGUGAUAUUCAAGGCAGUAACACCAAAUGAAAUAAAACUUAGGGACACAUAUUAUAUUGGUUUUAAUAUCAUUCUUAUAAAAGUAUUCUAAUAGCAUUCUUUGUUUUUAUUGAUCUAUACAAUAUUUAAAUCAUUUUGUUUACUUUCUAGCAUUUAAAAUGAUUGCUAGAUAUCUCUAAAUCCCCAAAACAUGUCACUACUACUCUACUCAUCACUACUGGGACAAGCCAAUUUGCUUGCCCUAACGACUUUAAACAAUGCAUACAGGGCAUUCGGGAAAGCAUUCAGACCCCUUGACUUUUUCCACAUUUUGGUUCAUUACAGCCUUAUUCUAAAAUGGAUUGAAUCGUUUUUCCCCUCACCA